CUCGCGGACCGUGUACCGCUCGAUCGUGAUCGCGGAUUUCGUCUAACUCGCCGCCAGCCGGAUCCAUGUGGAUCGUCGACUGUCAAGUGACCGCAUCGCGACUACGUUGUAACCUGGAAACAUAAAAUGGAUUGCGACACUUUCAAGGAAUUCGCCACGGAAAUGGUGGAAUACAUUACUAACUACCUGGAGAAUAUCAGGGACAGGCGAGUACUGCCAACGGUAGAACCAGGUUACAUGAAACCCCUUUUGCCAACCGAGGCUCCACAAAAGCCAGAAAGCUGGAAGGACAUUAUGACAGACAUCGAAAGAGUAAUAAUGCCAGGUGUUACUCACUGGCAGAGUCCGAAAUUUCAUGCGUAUUUUCCCACUGCCCAAUCAUAUCCAGGACUCGUUGCUGACAUGCUUAGCGGUUCCAUUGCGUGCAUCGGGUUCUCUUGGAUCUCAAGUCCUGCUUGUACCGAACUCGAGGUGAUAAUGUUGGAUUGGUUGGGAAAAAUGUUAGACCUACCCAAAGAAUUUUUAGCUUGCAGUGGUGGCAAAGGAGGUGGUGUUAUUCAGGGAACUGCGAGUGAAGCCACUUUAGUCGCACUUCUCGGCGCCAAGGCUAGAAAAGUAAGGCAGGUCAAGGAACUGCAUCCUGAGUGGACCGAUAACGAAAUUGUGGGAAAGCUAAUCGCUUAUAGUUCCUGUCAAGCACACAGUUCUGUGGAACGAGCUGGUCUUCUUGGAGGCGUAAAAUUCCGCUUACUAGAAGUCGAUUCGAAAUACAAACUUCGUGGUGAGACAUUAGCGGAAGCCAUCCGCAAGGAUAAAGAGCAAGGACUAAUUCCAUUCUACGUCGUCGCGACAUUGGGAACAACAUGCUCUUGUGCAUUCGACCGUCUCGAUGAACUGGGUGUGGUUGCAAAUCGCGAGAACGUUUGGUUGCACGUCGAUGCGGCAUAUGCUGGUUCCUCCUUUAUUUGCCCGGAAUUUAGAUAUUUAAUGAAAGGCACCGAAUUAGCAGAUUCAUUCAACUUCAACCCCCACAAAUGGAUGCUGGUGAACUUCGAUUGUUCAACGAUGUGGCUGAAAGAUCCAACUUAUGUCAUUAAUGCUUUCAAUGUGGAUCCUCUUUAUCUGAAACAUGACAUGCAACAAUCUGCUCCAGAUUAUAGGCACUGGCAAAUUCCACUUGGGCGAAGAUUCAGAGCACUGAAGCUAUGGUUCGUCUUGAGGAUUUAUGGUGUGGAGAAUCUUCAACGAUAUAUCAGAAGCCACGUUGCACAAGCUCAUGAAUUCGAAGCGAUGGUCCUCUCCGAUUCACGAUUCGAAAUUGUCGCGGAGGUAGUAUUGGGACUCGUUUGUUUUCGAUUAAAGGGAUCGAAUGACAUAAACGAGGCGCUAUUGAAGAGAAUCAACGGGGCCGGAAACAUUCAUUUGGUACCCUCGAAGAUAAGCAACACGUACUUCCUGCGAUUCGCAAUCUGCUCGCGAUUCAGCGAGAGCAAAGACAUCCAAAGCUCCUGGAAUGAGAUAAAGCUCAGAGCAGACGAGGUCCUCGAGGAGCAAUCGGUUUCUAAGUGAUGGCGGGCUCAGAUAGCUCGUGGUUGCCGAUCCUUGGCGCCUGCAACCUGCAAUCAAUCCUAGACUUCUAGCUGUCCGGCAGUUGAACCAUAAGCGAUGCCAGGUCAAAACCUGUUGCGAGAUCUUUUCUAUUAUCUUUAGAUACUUUACCCGUCAGAGAAUCGAUCUUAUCUUAUUUAUUUGAAUACAUCGAAUUUCAUUUUUCAAAAAAAUUGAAAAAAAUGCAAGACAAUUGAGCGAUAAUUGGCGAGAAAAUAAUACAUAUUUA